UCUCAUGUUCUGUGGUUGGUUGUUCUAUGUUCAUCGAAGAAUGUCGAUUUGACGCUUUUAACAUCAUCAACAGAUUAAAAUAUUUGAUAUACAAAAAUGGUUAGCGUUAGAUAUACAAGAAAUUUAUUUUUAAGAGCUCUAUGUAUUGUUUAUUUAUCGGCAUUUUUGUCAUUCUACAUUCAAAUCCCAGGUUUGUUCGGGGAUAAUGGAAUUCUACCGGCUAGAUCAGUAUUGGAAAAUAGCAAACAUAAAACCCUUUCAGCUAAAGUCCACUAUCAACCAACUCUGCUUUGGCUAGCACCUUAUUUAGGCCUGGACACUAGUUACGCUUUAGACGUACUCGCUCUUUUCGGAGCCUUUUUGGCGUUUACCGGAAUCGUUUCUCAAAAGUUUUGUACCAUACCGCUUUUUGCUGGAUUAUGGUCUCUCUACUUUUCACUGUACCAAGUUGGACAAACCUUUGUAUCUUUUUUCGAUGGAUUCCUUCUGGAAACAGGAUUUUUGACCAUUUUUAUCGCCCGUUUGGGGCCCAGUCGCAGAAAGGCCACCAAAGGCAGCCCUAACGACCACAUAUCGAUGUGGAUGUUAAAAUGGCUUCUAUUCAGAUUCUUUGUAAUAGGAGGUCUCAAUAAAUUGAUAAACGGAGAUCCAAUAUGGUGGACUCUUAAAGGAUUGAUUCGUUAUUACGAAGUAAUUCCUUUGCCUACGCCGUUGUCGUGGUACAUCUAUGCCACUCCAGAAUGGUUUAUGAAAGUGGCCAUGGUUUUUACCUUCAUGGUUGAGGUGGGACUGCCAUUUUUAUACUUUAUUCCUAUAAGGAGCGUUAAAAUUACUGGAUUUUUCUUCCAAGUAUUUCUUCAAUCAGCAUGUCUACUCACUGGUAACUUUGGCGUUUGGAAUAUUCUCGUGAUAGCUCUGUCACUAUCUCUAUUAGACGACCAAUGCUUCUAUAAGAAGAAAUCGUCAGGCUCAGUGUUGGGCUUUAUCGCAAACGUUGCAAUACAUGCUGCAAUCAUUUACGGAACGAUUCAAGUGUUUUCUUUGAAAAUCAAUGGGUCACAGAUCGAUUCCAACUUUGCUUUCACCAAAGCCCAAUUCGAUAAGCACAUUAGCCAAGCUUUGCUAUACAUCAUUUAUUUUGGAUUGGUGUCUUUGGCAACGACGAUUUUGUACGUAUUGUCCAGCGUUUUGUUCGACAACCAAUCAUUCGGAAAUAAAUUUUUUUCCGUAAUUUCGACGAUUUUGUACUCUGGCAUUGCUGUUCUCCUGUUUCUAUCUAGUACUGUUCCAAUCGCAUCUUUGAAACCGGCCACCAAUUCGACCGUCGAUCCGUUGGUGCGCAACAUUUACAAUCGAUUGCACAAACUUCACGCCGUUAACCAUUACCCGAGCGUCGUGAAUAAUUUUCCGGCUGUACAGGGUCGCUACGAAAUCAUAUUCGAGGGGGCCGAUAAGGUCGACGGACCAUGGAAAGAGUACAACUUUUUGUACAAACCCGGAAAUCCCAAUUCAUCGUUGCCGUUCGUCGCUCCACACUUUCCUCAGCUGGAUUGGCACAUGAGCAAAGCAGCUUACAGUAGCUACGAUCAGCACCCAUGGUUGUUAUCAUUCGUUCAUAGGAUUUUGACCCACAGACAAGAAGUGUUGUCUCUCAUCGAUUUUAGAGAUUCUCCAUAUCACCAAGCGCCUCCAAAAUACUUGAGAGCCUUGUUGUAUAAAUAUCAGUACACUGGAAUAAAGCACAGGAAUCAAGGACCUUGGUGGACUAGAGAAAAACUAACUGAAUAUUUGCCGGCUGUCACGAAAGAUUCGCCGUUUUUAAUCGAUUUUCUAAAAGCCAGAAACUUACUACCGGUAGCAGCGAAAGUAAAGGUCAAUCCGUUAUGGAAGCAGAGCUUAGACUUUAUAAGAUACAUAGUGAACCAUUUAGAAGCUACCCUACUGUUCUGGUCUGUACUGUCAGCCGGGCUUGCCAUCAUUUGUACUACUUCUUCGAAAAUGAAAUAAUUUCGUUUGUGUGUAAAUAUACACACGUUUUUUUAAUGAUGAUAAUAAUAAUGAUAAUAAACUUCUCUUGUUGUAAGUUCCAUUUUUUAAAUAGGUUAUCAAAUAAUCGGCCUUUUUUUGUUUAAUUCAAAAUGGUGGUGGACUACUAAAAUAAAUUUUUCCUAACUCUUUCAAAUGUUGAAUUACAAGUAAUUUGUUAUUAUUAUCAUUAUUAUAAAAGCGAAGUUUAUUAUUUUUGCAAUACCAUCGAUAUACAGGACUAAAACGCGUUUUCUAAUAAAAUAUUUGACAUAUUUACGGCAUCCGAGACAAUUGACAGAUGUGUUUAAAUGACAUUUGAUGAUAGUUUGGUUUAUUACUUUGAGUUUUAGUUCUGUAUUAUCAACGUAUCACGUUUAGAGUUCAUAAUUUUCUAUUGUAUUUAGAAGAAUCUCAUGUGUUGGUUUGUGUGUGGAUGCCGGAAUUCGGUUGACUGAAAAAAAAUGGGUAUUUACAUUAUUUUUUAAUGUUAUAUUUUAUUUUAAAUGCAUUUACAUUUUUAUUUUGUAUCGAUUGUAAAUAUGGUACGUCAGUGUUUUUUUUUUUAUUAAAUUUUUAGAGAAUAUAAUUACUUAUAGCUUCUUAUUUAAUUUUUAUUUGUAUUUAUAAAAUAUCAGCUAGAGUCUCAGUGUAAGUGUACUAUGUUGUUUUUGUUAUUAUUAACGGUUUUUUUAUAUCUUAUUUCUUUUUCUAUGAAUUAAAUUAAUAAAGUAAUUACACAUA